AUGCAUCAAUUGCGCCAUGACAUUGUCCAAGUCCUAUGCAAGUUUGAGAUGAUAUUCCCUCCAGCUUUCUUCACAAGUAUGAUCCACGUGAUGGUUCAUUUGCCAGAAGAGGCAUUGCUUGCUGGUCCUGUCAACUAUCGUUGGAUGUAUCCAAUAGAAAGGCUGCUUGGGGAGCUGAAAAAAACUGUAUGCAACAGGGCGAAGCCCGAAUGGUCAAUUAUAGAGGCUUGGGUUCAAUAUGAGUCGUUUACUUUCUGUGGAAUGUAUUUACAAGAUGUGGACACAGCAUUCAAUCGUCCUCAACACAAUAAUGACGGAGGUGUGAGAAAUGAGAAAUUUUCUGUUUUUGCCCAAAGAGCACGACCAUUUGGAGAUCCUGUACGAGGAGAGUCGUUUUCCAUAAAUGACAUGGAGGUAGCACACUAG